GGGGUGAGCUCAGGCCAUGGGCUGUUCGCCGCCGAUCUCGGCGAGCUAGUUUUUGUUCGCUCAGCGUCCACUACUACCGGCAGGGGUCAACGGGCGGCGUGGAGCACGAGCAAUGUGGUUAAAAACAUGGCUCCGAUUUCCGACGCGCUCCAGGUGCAGCUACAACAACUGUGGUAUUCUCGAGAAUGGCACAGAGGGGGGUGCAUUUGCUGUCGUAAGAUGGGCACAGCGCUGACCCGGGUUCAGCCAGCUGGGUGCAUCACGGAGCACCCGGAGUUCAGCAUGCUGUGCCUCAACAUCCCUGUUCUCCGUCUGCUUUACUUCGAGCUGAGGGGGCUGGGGUAUCCUAUGCACGACGAUAUUCACAGACGCUUUCGCUACACUGCUUACCGAGUCUUCGUCCGCUGGUUAUGGAGACGACUUGGAAAAGGGAAUCGGAUGAUUCUGCUGGCAUGUGUAGUCUGCAGAAUAAGGGAGGAUUUCCCUCCUGAAACCACUACUGGUUUACUGUAUCUCCGCUACUAACUCGUAACUAUCAGAACAAUCGUAAAUAAGCUUUGUAUGAAUGCAUACAUUUAUUAGCUGAACAAACAUUGAAAA